AAUCAACUCCGCACUCUAUAUCGCCAGACGGCUAUCAUGACGGUCGAUAAGUCUCUCAAGAUAGCAGUGACUGGAGGAGCAGGACAUGUCGGUACUGGUGUCGUCAAGCUUGCCUUGGCGCAGGGACAUUCCGUCGUGGCUAUCGAUAUUGGACCUCGAGGGAAAUUGGAACCACAAGCGCGAUACGAGUACAAACAGGUCGAUGUAGUGGAUCUUCAAGCUUACAAGGCGGCAGUCGAUGGUUGCAAUGCGAUCAUCCAUCUGGCUGCUGCAUUGUUUAAGAAAGUCAAAAGAGAAGACGGAAGCAUGACCAUCAAUCUGGAAGAGGAGGAACAAGCGCGUGUACACAAUACCAAUGUUGCCAUGUCCUACAACACACUUUGCAUCGCCGCUGUGCUUGGGAUCGAUCGAGUGGUCAUGGCAUCCAGCAUCAAUUCGAUAGGAAUGCUGUACUGUAAAGAACCCAAGUACGACUUUGUCCCGAUCGAUGAGAGUCACGCUUUCAGACCGGAAGACGCGUACUCCGUCUCGAAGCAGAUCUGCGAAGUUCAGGCCGACUCGUACGCUCGCAAGUUUCCGCACAUGAGGAUCGCCACUCUGCGAUUUCACUUUGUGGCUCCGAUGGAUCUCGUAGACGCUGACAAGAUGCACAAACACGGAGGCGCAUGGAAAGAUCUGUGGGGCUGGGUAUCAUUGGACGAUACGGCCGAAGCAUGUCUCCGAGGUUUGACUGCCCCGACGUCGACGUUUCCCCUUGGUCACGAGACGUUCUUUAUUGUCGCUCCAACACACGCGCAGCAGUGUGACAGCCUGGAGCUCUUAAAAACGAAAUAUCCAGAUAUCAAAGACGUCCGGAAAGAGUUGAUAGGGAAUACAGGGUUUUUCGAUUGUUCAAAGGCGGAGAGAAUGCUGGGAUGGAGAGCGAGUGGAUUCGAGUGGAGACCAUAAAACGUCCAUGGCUUCAG